CGCGCAUUGAUACAUAAGGAAAGGAAACUCCCUUCCCGUCUGAGCGCGACCCCCAACCGGACAGAGCGAUCCAGUUCCACUCCGAUCGAGAUCCCGUGAAAGUGGUGAAAAGUGCUUAUUUAUUUGGCUUCUUGGAUUCCGUGAGGUUUCAAAAUGGCAUCUGGUGUGACUGUAGCAGACGCCUGCAAGACGACGUACGAGGAAAUAAAGAAGGACAAGAAACAUCGGUAUGUAAUCUUCCAUAUCAAAGAUGAGAAGCAGAUCGACGUAGAAGUGAUUGCACCCCGAGAAGCAACCUACGAUGCUUUCCUCGAAGAUCUUCAAAAGGGCGGUCCUGAAGAAUGCCGUUAUGGUCUAUUCGAUUUUGAAUAUACCCAUCAAUGUCAGGGAACCUCAGAGGCUUCCAAGAAACAAAAACUUUUCCUGAUGUCGUGGUGCCCCGAUACUGCUAGAGUUAAGAAGAAGAUGUUGUACUCUAGCUCAUUUGACGCCCUGAAAAAGUCUUUGGUUGGUGUGCACAAGUCUGUUCAAGCAACGGACCUAGCAGAAGCAUCCGAAGAGGCCGUUGAAGAGAAACUUCGAGCCAAUGACCGGAAUUAAAAAGACUAAUUCCAAUAACCCAAAAAAUAAUAAUUAUUAUUAAAUAAAGAAGAAACAAAAAAAUCCCUUACCCCAUAUAUCGCUCUGUACUCUACCAUCAAACGUUUCAGGGGUUCACCUUUUACAUAUUAUUCACUCUUCAACCAAUUAUUAUUGGAUAUCAUGCUACAUACAUUUAUUAUUCAGCAAGAGGGGAGGGGGGGAUGUGAAGGAUUGAUUGAUGGGUACAGGCUUCGAUUGAUUACAAGGAAGGGCGUAGCAAACGAGUGGAAACAUUUUUUUUCAUAUUGUGAACGUUGUGUGAAUCUGUCUGAUAUACAUAAUAAUAAUAAUAUUAAUUAAUAUUCUGCUAUUACAAUUAAAGAUAAUGUAAUAAUUAUUAUUAUUGAGUUAUGAAAAGCAGUCAAGAAGAAAAAAAAAAAUUAAAAAAGGGGGGGAAGAAAAUGUAUGCAACAUUUAAAGAGGAAAAAAAAAAAUUGACUCAACAAAUCAAUUGAACUGCAGUAAGCGUAAUUGACAAGAAUGUUUCGUUUUUGUCACAGGCUGUAUAAUGUUUAAAUUAAACUCAUUUCAUAAUGA